AUGACGGCCGCGCGCUUCGACGGCUACCGCGGUGUUGUGUCCGACGGCACGCUCAAGGCCAUCGCCGAGGUGCUGGGCUACGAGACCAUGACCAAGGUCCAGGAGCAGGCGCUGCCCGUGUGCACGCGGGGCCGCGACGUCGUCGCAAAAGCGAAAACGGGCACGGGCAAGACGCUCGCGUUCAUGAUUCCUUGCGUGGACCGCGCGGCCGCGUCCAAAGCGAAGCGCGGCGGGUCGAAGAUCUCCGCGCUCGUGCUGUCGCCGACGCGCGAGCUCGCGCAGCAGACGCUGGAGGAGGGGCGCCUCCUGUCCCACUUCCACGGCCUGACGCUCGCGUGCGUCGUCGGGGGCACGCCGAUCAAGAAGGACUACCGCGCGCUGGGCUGCGCGCCCGGGUCCCGCGCGCCGGAUAUUCUGGUCGCGACGCCGGGCCGCCUCAACGACCACCUCGAGAACAGCGCGGGCUUCGCGCGCGACACCCUGGGCGGCCUCGAGUGCCUCGUCUUCGACGAGGCGGACCAGCUCCUCGACAUGGGCUUCCGCCCGGCCAUCGAGCAGAUGCUCCGGGCCAUCCAGGCGACGCGCCUCACGCGCCAGACGCUGCUCUUCUCGGCGACGCUGCCCGCAGACGUCAAGGGCAUCGCGAAGCUCUCGAUGAAGGACGGGUCCGACUACGACUUCGUCGACACCGUCGGCGACGCGGACGAGCAGACCCACAGCCACGUGCCCCAGUGCUGCGUCGUCUGCGAGGGCAAGAAGCUCCACUCCGCCGAGCUCGUCGCGCGCCUCGCGGACGCGUGCAGCGCGCCGGACCACAAGGUCAUCGUCUUCUUCACGACCGCGCGCCUCACGCAGCUCUACAGCGAGCUCCUCGUGGGCCUCCAGGGCGCCCAGGCCCGGGGCCAGGCGCCGGACCUCGCCUUCCUCGCGAAGACGCGCAUCCUCGAGAUCCACUCGCGCAAGUCGCAGUCCCACCGCACCAAGGUCGCGGACGCGUUCCGCGACGCCACCGGCGGCUGCUGCCUCUUCACGUCCGACGUGUCCGCGCGCGGCAUGGACUACCCGGACGUGACGCGCGUCGUCCAGUUCGGCGCGCCGGCGGACGCCGCCCAGUACGUGCACCGCCUCGGCCGCACCGCGCGCGCGGGCAAGGAGGGAUCGGGGUGCCUGUUGCUCUCGGACUUCGAGGCCUACUUCCUCGAGGACAAGGCCAUCAAGGCGCUCCCCAUCGCCAUGCAGCGGCCCCUCGUCGCCGGCGACGCCACGGGCGCCGUGCUCGGCCGCGUCGACGCCGCGCUCAUGGGCGCCGCGCGCGCGCUGCCGCCGGAGACGUGCGGCGCCGCCUACCAGGCGUGGCUGGGCUUCUACAACUCGUCGCUCCGCCGGCUCCGCUGG